AUGGUCACAGAAAAUGGAACCUCUCGUUACCCUCCUCCCUUGGGUGAGUCCGACCUGCGCGGUCGUCGGAAGAUCCCUCACCCUCCGCGGCUGGACCCUUUGAAGAUUGAUCCACGCGCGCCACGAACCAUACAAUCGACUCCGAGAUCGUCCCCACGCUCUCCCCACUCUCCGCAUCACCCGCGUUCGCGUUCACCUCUGCCUCCAGGGGCACAGAGCGCGACAGAUGACCGGCCAUGGCUCCCUGAAUCGCUCCGAGCGGGCUCGCCGCAGGGUAGAGAAGAAUGGAAAGCGAAACAAACUACGGGUCGCGCUUCCCCUUUCACACCACCCCCGGAUCGGACCCCCCUUAAUUGGUAUUCCCGCGACAAUGACUUCGACGGACCAAACCACCGAAAGGUGCCGCCUAUCAGAGGCGGUCUGCGCAUUUCCAUGUCGACUUCCCGGUUGCCCAACAGACGGCCACGGCUGCAAGAAUCUCCUGACGGCCGACAAGAUUUGAGUGCCCACGGUCUGCCAUUGCCACGCUUCCCGUCGAAUGGGCCUGCAGACAAUAACACCCUCCGGACGAGCGUCAAUUCGGCUAUGACGUCGAGUUCCAGCAUUGAGCAGACUUCUGGCACGGAGCGCAGCAGCGUCCUUACGAAGAGCAGCUCAAUUACCGAUCUAUCGCCGGAUACUCCCGACACUCCCUGCGGAAUGGAUGGCGGGAUGAGUGUGGAAGAUGCAAUCUCAAUGUAUCUCGAUGGUUUCAGCGACGUGACUGAAGAACCCUCCUCGCCCAAGUCGCGGGCUGAGAGCAAGGCACCCUCAAUCACACCACCCCCUUCGAGAGACGCGCCCUUCGAGGAGGUCAGAUAUCCACCAAGGACAACAUCGCUUGAAGACGUUCACUCGAUUCCUCGACUUCCGCAAUCCAGCCUGCCAGAACCAGUAUUGCUCGAGCCCGCAUCAUCAGCGCCUUGUAUUGCCGAAUCUGUGCCGGUGAUCGCCUCUCCACCACAAACUCCUCCACCAUCAUCACUGCCCUCAGACCCCACGCCUCUAGAACCCACACUCCCCGAAGAAGCAUCGCCUAAUUCAAAAUAUUCCCGCCAGCGACAACCGUCGAAGAUAAUCAUACCCGGCCCCGUUCCCCCGCCGUUCAACUCUGGAAAUGACACGCGGGACGACUAUGGAUUUCGAAAAGCAACACAAUACGUGACCCUCGACCAGUACGAAGCCUGGAAGGGUUCGUAUUCCCGCUAUGCUGCACUUCGUCGAGCCAAAUGGUACGAAAUGCUCAAGGAGCAUGGUCUUCAAACGAGCGAUCCCACGGUGUUUCCCGCGCAGUCCUCCAAGGUUAAACGCUUUGUGCGCAAAGGUAUCCCGUCCGAGUUCCGGGGCGCUGCAUGGUUUUGGUAUGCCGGCGGGUACGAGCACCUCAACCGCAACCCCGGUCACUACAAUCAACUUGUGGAGAAAGUGAUGGCUUCUCCUAGCAAUGAUGACAAAGAGCACAUUGAACGAGAUCUGCAUCGUACAUUUCCCGAUAAUCUUCAUUUCAAGCCAGAGCCUGUCGACACUGCAGGGCCUCAGGACUCGGGCAUUACAACCGAGACUCAAAUGAUCCAGUCAUUGCGUCGAGUACUGUACGCUUUUGCCCUUCAUAACCCCAAAGUUGGCUACACGCAAUCGCUCAAUUUCAUCACCGGAAUGCUCCUUCUCUUCCUUCCCGAAGAAAAAGCGUUCUGGAUGUUACACAUUAUCACCUCCAUGUACCUGCCAGGCACCCAUGAGGUUAGUCUGGAAGGUGCGAAUAUUGAUCUCUGGAUCCUCAUGGUGCUGCUUCGCGACACCAUGCCGGGUAUCUAUGCCAAGAUUGCUAGCAUGGAUGGAUCCCAACCCAGUCGCGGUAAAGCGCCUCCUCUCACCGUCAACUCGCGACUGCCGGACAUCACUUUGGGAUUGACGAAUUGGCUGAUGUCUAUUUUCAUUGGAACACUACCUCUUGAGACUACACUGCGAGUCUGGGAUGUUUUCUUCUAUGAAGGUUCCAAGACCUUCUUCCGUGUCUCACUUGCCAUUUUCAAGGCAUGCGAACGAGAUAUCCUGGGUGUUUCGGAUCCUAUGGAAGUGUUCCAAGUGGUACAAACUUUGCCUAAGAAAUUAUUGGAUGCCAACGCUCUGCUUGAGGACUGUUUCUUGCGACGCCAUCGUGUUGGCCAGGGCCGCAUCGAUGAAUUACGAGCCGCACGACGAGUCGCUGUUCGACAGGAGAGGCUGCGGCGAUCGGUAGCGUUCAGCAAGGGCCAAAUCCAGUCUGCGACCGACGCCUUCCCGACCCGUCCGCGAAAUGGAGGUCCUGACAUCGAGCACCGGGUUGUGAACUCCUGGCGUCAGCUCAAGCAGCACGCAUUUCAUCGAGAACCGACCCAUUGA